AUGCCGUUCCACACUGUCAUUUGUUUGCUCGUGCUAGACAUGCGCGCAUCCUUCGAACGGCUAGCCGAGGCUAUGCACACGUCGCGCCUCGUAGCUUCAGUAUACGCUAUGGAUACAAUGAAAAACGCGUGUCGCACGGCGGAGCUCCUGAUUCUCCUCUAUCAGCGUCGCCGACGCGAUGACAUCAAAAUUCUAGACGAUCUGAUUAGCAUGCAUGAAGAGAGAACAGAAGCAACGGUUCAGCAGCCGGUAUGGCCAGAUCCUGACCAACUUUCAUGGGUUGAGAACUUGGUCGUUGGAAUUCCGAGCUUAGAGGGAAUCGGAUUCGAGCAGCUCUUUUCUUAG